GGCAGGCUUCUGCAUACAAACACACGCACAAGGGUCAAGCAUCAGUGUUUGAGCCUGUAAACACUGAAUCCAGAACAGCAGCUGCAAGUAUGAAAGCCAUUGUACUGCUGGUGUUGUUGGCGCAGGGGGUCCUUCUUGUGCAGUCCACUCCAGAUAGCUCUGCGGAGAGGGGAACAGAAGAGCCUAUACCAUGUUCAAAAGCAUGCACCUGUCUUUACGAUGACUACAGUCUGGAGCUCAACGUUUACUGCAGCUUCAGAAACUUGAGCCAGGUUCCAAAUGACAUGCCAACGUCCACCCAUUCACUUUGGCUAGAUGGAAACCUAUUCUCGUCACUCCCAGCUAACUCUUUCAAAGACCUUUCCAAUCUGGAUUUUCUAAAUUUGCAAAGUGGACAGUUGGUCAACAUUGACACCCAGGCCUUUCGAGGACUACGAUCUCUUGCUCAUGUCCAUCUUGAGAGAAACCGAUUGAGAACUUUACCAGGUACAGUUUUCCAAAGUACGCCAAAUCUUGCCUCAUUGAGUCUGCACAAUAACCAGCUCACUCGCAUUGAGGAAAGACUUUUUGCUGGACUGUCCAGCAUGUGGCUCUUGAACCUGGGCUGGAACUCCAUAGCAGUGCUCCCAGAGACAGCAUUCCAGGACCUCCUUGGCUUACGGGAGCUGAUUUUGGCUGGGAAUAAGCUAGCUUACCUGCAACCUCAGCUAUUCCAAAACCUUGUAGAACUAAAAGAGCUAGAUCUAACUGGAAAUUUUAUCAAGGUCAUCAAAGCUAAUGUGUUUGUCAAACUUACCAAACUGCAAAAGCUGUACUUGGCUCAAAAUCAGAUAGUAACAGUAGUACCCAGAGCUUUUAUAGGCAUGAAAUCUCUUAGAUGGCUAGACCUUACAAAUAACAAGCUAACCACUUUGCAUGACGAUACUUUCUUGGGCCUUCAUAGUCUACAUGUGUUACGUCUUUCCAAUAACACAAUUAAUGGAAUACGUCCCAGAACUUUUCGUGAUCUGCAGUAUCUAGAAGAGCUUCGGCUUAGCUACAACAGAAUCCGAUCUUUGGGAGAGAGGAUUUUUGAAGGUCUUGGUCAUCUUGAAGUGCUAGAGCUAGAUCACAAUCAAGUCCAGGAGGCACACAUGGGUAGUUUUACAGGGCUGUCCCAUGUUGCAGUUAUAAAUCUUUCAGGGAGUUGUUUCAUCACACUUCCAGACCAGGUUUUUAAAGGCUUGCCAAAGCUUCACAGCCUCCAUUUGGAUAGAGGUUGCCUUACCAGAAUCACUUCUCAAGCUUUCACUGGACUUUCUGGUCUACGCCGAAUAUUUUUACAACAUAACAACAUCUCAUCGGUAGAACGCAACAGCUUCGUUGACAUGGCUGGCUUAUCAGGUUUAGAUUUGCGUUCAAACAAACUAGACACAAUAACUGUCCAAGCAUUCUUGGGCCUGAAAAAUUUAGAGUACUUGCUUCUGUCGAACAAUGAAUGUCGACUGUUGGUGCUGAAUGACACAAAACAGGUUCUCCCUAAACUCCGAUAUAUUGAUCUCAGGGACAAUGCCUUGGCUAAUGUGAUCCCAGAUUUCCCACUGACCAUGGAAAAACUUCUUCUCUCUGGAAACCCCUGGAGAUGUGACUGCAGUGCUCUCCCACUCAGAGAAUACAGCCAGGCAAAUCCUUUGGUUGUUCCACGACAACUGGAGACUCAUGCAGAGGGUGAAGAGCCAGAUACUACCAUUACAAUAUACAACAACAUUACGUGCACUACUCCAACUCAACUGGCAGGACAGGACCUACGAGACAUAAACAGUGAACAUUUUCAGAGCUGCUAGUCUGGUAGUUACAUUUCUAUGGUCUCAAAACUGAAGACAAAAACAUAAGAGAGCUUUACAUACAAGUUAAAAGUUUAGGAUUAGACAGAAACAAAAUCAAUAAAUAUGCACUUUUUAAGAUAUGGUAGGCUGUGAUGAUAAUUACCUACACACUAACAUCAUCAUUAAGGUUUACAGAUCUACAGGUAAUUAGCCACUAAUGUUGUGCAAUAUAUUCCAUUUCUGAUCUCUGAUGUAAUAAGGAAUUUCUGGUCAGGGGAAUUUGUGAUUAUAUGUUUGCUUUUUGCAUUAGUUUGCACUGUUGUUCAAAGAUAUUGAGCAAUAAAAAUAACAAGUAUA